AGGCGCUGGCGGCGGAGCUGCGGGAGCGGCGGCGGGGCGGGAUGCGGAGCCAGGAGCUGCGGGACAACCCCGGAGAGUGCGGGAGGAAGUUUGCUGAGCCGCCGCUGCAGGAGCGCUGGAACAAAAACAACGCGGAGCUCCGAGAGGUGAUGUUGCUUUUUCCUGAGUCCCUGCUGCCUUGUAUUUAUUAAACCGGUUUUUAACUUGAAAGUCAUCACGUCUCUGCUGUGGCCACUCAUCUCGCAUCACAGCAACUGCCCCAAGUUCUGAUAAACAAAAGAAGUAAAGAGUUUAAGUUCAAAUAAUUUUAAGAAGCCCUCUCAAGGCUGUAUUUUUAAAAGCCAGAAAUCUGUUCAGACUCUGAGCAAAUUUUCAGAGCUCACAAUGUAAAUAUCUCAGGCACAUAAAAUAUAAAUAACACAAAAAAAAAUCUUUAUAUCUCAGCUGUACCUGCCAUGCCGUGGUGCUUCCUCAUUCUUUAUUCCACCCAUGUGCUGCUGCAGCAUUGCAGUCCUGUAUCACUGUCACUGUGGUGUUUCCCAUGUGACAGUGACCCUCAGGACCUGGUGGGCACCUUGGACACUCAGAUGAGCCCACCUCUGCAGAGGCAGAUCCUCCUGGGAUUUCAGUGGUGCUCCAGAGAGUCUGGAAGAUCCUGGGGGACAGAACCUCUGGCUCUGAUGACCUUGCUACAUCUGUUGUGUCUCCAGGCAGAGUCUGAGCAGCAGAGGAAGCACAUGAGGGAGGCUUGGGGUGAUCAGCUAACACAACAAAACAAGGAAGAGGUGACCAAACUUGAAGAGAAGAAACAUGAAAAUGAGUAUGAAACUGCACGAGGGGAAGCGCUGGAAAGAACGAGACAAGAGGAAGAGAAGCCUCAGCUGGAGAAGGCCUUGCUGCAGCAGAUAGAAGAACUGAAACUGCAGGAGACAAAGGCAACAAAGCUGAAAAAGGAACAAGAGAAUUUAUUGAAGCAGCAGUGGGAGCUGGAGAAUUUGGAAGAAGAAAGGAAACAAAUGGAAGAGCACCGGAGGAAGAAAGAGCUCGGUCGCUUCUUGAAGCAUCAGUGUGACGUCCAGUUAAGGAGACGAGCGCAGCAGGUACAGGAGGAGCUGGAGGCAGACAGGCAAAUCUUAUCAGCUCUCCUGGAGAAAGAAGAGCAGGAUCAGAGCUGGCAGAGCGUGCGGCGGGGACGGGCGGUGGCAGACGUGGCCUGGAUGAAGAAGGUCAUCGAGGAACAGCUCCAGCUGGAAAAGGAGAGGGAAGCAGAGCUUGAUACUAUCUUCAGGGAAGAAGCAAGAAAAAUCUGGGAGAAGAGGGAAGAAGAAUGGGAAAGAGAGAAGGUGGCCAGAGAUCGCCUGAUGAGUGAGGUCCUUGCAGGCAGGCAGCGCCAGAUCCAAGAGAAGAUGGAGCUAAACAGAAGGGCCCAAAAAGAGUCCAUUAAAUAUCGAGAGCAGCUGAUCAAAGAACUCGAGGAGGCCAAGGAUGGGACUCGUCGGGAGAAGGAGCAGGAGGAAGAAGAGCAGAGAGCCCACAGGAGGGAGCUGCAGGCACAGGGGACAGAGCACAGCUUGGGAGAGGAGGAAGAGCAGCAGGAGGGAUCAGCCCAGCAGCACCUCGAGGAGCUGGAGCAGCAGGAGGCCAAGCAGGGCUGGCACAGCAGGUUCUACAGUUACCCAAGAGCAGCUUGGACCUGAGGAAUGAGCAUGAGAUGCAGCUCCAGACUACAGAGAAAAAACUCUGAGGACUCAAGGAACUCCUGAAAUAAUGGUGCCUCUGGAAUAGCCUACAGUGAGACCAAGACUUGACUCAGUAGAUUUCUGAAAACAUUUUUUAGUUGUGGCCAAGCUGAAGAGGAGAAAAGUUCUACUGUCUUCAGGAGUGUGGAGGUGUGAGCACCUUCAGAGAAGUGAACUGCUUCACUUUGCAUUCUGGAGUUGUGCUCAUGUAUUUUGGUACGUGAGAGGCUGAAGCAACCCAGAAAAUUCAAGGGCCCUGUGGACCUGAGCCACAAAAGCAUCUGUGUCUCCCCAGGAAGAGGAGCUGUGGGGCUGUGUCAGACUCCCACCUUGGAGAAUCAGGCUGUGCCUGGGUUCCCACUGGACUGUGAGGAGUUAAUUCAUAAUGUAUAUUGCAAAUCAGUCAGAUCAUGUGUGCUGUGGCAGCAGUGCUUGUCCAGUUCCUCUCCAGAAGGUGCUGGAGAAUUAAAGAUUGUUUUUCACUUGUUUCAUAAA